GCCAACCAAGCCACCCAUCCCGGAAAUUUCGUCAUAAGGAGAGCCGCCCUGUUGUUGUUGUCGCUCCUGUCACCGCUCCCGGUAACAUGAAGUGGAUGUUUAAGGAAGACCACUCGCUGGAACACAGGUGCGUGGAGUCGGCAAAGAUCCGAGCCAAGUAUCCAGACCGAGUUCCGGUGAUCGUGGAAAAAGUGUCAGGUUCACAGAUUGUGGACAUUGACAAGCGGAAGUACCUGGUUCCGUCGGAUAUCACCGUAGCGCAGUUCAUGUGGAUAAUCAGGAAACGGAUCCAGCUGCCAUCAGAAAAAGCUAUCUUCCUGUUUGUAGACAAAACUGUACCCCAAUCUAGCCUCACUAUGGGACAACUGUACGAGAAAGAAAAAGAUGAAGAUGGCUUCUUGUACGUGGCGUACAGCGGCGAGAACACGUUCGGCUAUUAAGCUUACUAUCGACUUGUGAAUCUUGUAAAUAGGUGGUUUGAGUUGGACGCUGUGCAUCACGUCUCACCCCGUAGCUUCGAUACACAUUAACUGGAUGUAUCUCGGUUGUACAGACGUCGUGUUUUUCUUGUAAUUAUCUGUCGUGUAUUUUAGUUUGUUGUGCUGUGUGAUUUAACCCUGCAGUAGCCGGAGGAGCAGGGCCACGCACCUUCCCCACUGGCAUGAGAUAAACCCCUUCAGCGCCAGAGGGUGUUGCCUCUCGUCUCCUGGCAUGGUUAGUGUUAGCAAAAUAUUUAUAAGCAUUUUGAAUACUAAAAUGUGCAGUUCAGUCAUUUAAUCACAUAUGUAGUAUUCAGAAUAAUCCUGGGUUCUUUUAGAUUGAUAGUUUUUGCUUAUUUAAGUUGUAGAAUUCAAGCUGUUAGUUAACGACUGUUACCGGUACCAAUAUUCAACUUUACAACUUCGCUCAGAGUGAACCGUACAAUAAAAUGAUUUCAGAGACUUA